ACUUGACACUCACAAGUGACACAGUCAAGUGUCAACAACACAUCAGCCAUUGCAAUUUAAUUUAGCAAAAAAAAAAAAAAAUAGGGAAAUAAUAAUAAACAUUAUUUUGUUUUUUUACUCCCUUAAUAUAAUAAAAAAAAAAUUUAUAUUAAUUGUACAACAGUGUUUAAUUAUUUUUGUCAAUUAAAUAUCAUCGAAAAUCGAAAUGGAUUACAUUGAUGAUUCACCGGUUGUUGUCAACAUGGACAAUCAUCAAAGCAACAUAAAUAAAAUAAUUUUAAAUGAUAAUUUGGAAUUUUGGAUGACAAAUCUACCUCCAUGUCUCAAAUCAUUGCCAAUAAUUAAUCUUGCAAUUCCUGGUUCUCAUAACACAAUGACCUACACAAUUGAACGUAACAAUGAUGUUGGUCCUGAUGAAUCAAAGUAUCUUCGACUUCUUGGUAAAUAUUUUGGUAUACUAUUAAAACCAUUGAUAUUCAAUUGGUCUGUAACACAAUACGAUACAAUAACUGAACAAUUAAAUGGUGGAAUAAGAUACUUGGAUUUUAGAUUAGCAAAAAAAUCAAAUAAUGACAUCUAUUUUCUUCAUGGUCUAUUUGGUGAUGAAAUAACAAAAUAUUUAUAUGAAAUAUCAAUUUGGUUAAACAAUCAUCCUGGUGAAAAAUUAAUAAUUGAUUGUCAACAUUUUUAUUUAUUUAAUAAAUGUCAUCACAAUAUGUUUGUUGAUAAAUUAAAAAAUAUAUUUAAUCAUAAAAUAUGUCCAUCAACAAUGGAUUUAACACAAAUAACAAUUGACAUGAUGAAUGAUAAAAGUUAUCAAUUAAUAAUUAUAUAUAGAAAUGAUAUUUGUAAUGUUGAAAUUGAUUUUUGGCCAAGUAAUUUAUGGCCUACACCAUGGCCAAAUACUGUUAAUCCACAUAAAUUAAUUGAUUUUUUAAAUACAAGAUUAAAAACAAAAUUAAAUGAUGCUGGUUUUGUAUCACAGUGUUUAUUAACACCAAAUAAAAGUUAUAUAUUUAAACAUAUUUGUGGAUCAUUACAUCGUGAUUUAGCAACACUUUGUAGAACAACAUCUGAUAAUUGGAUUGAAAAUAAUUGUCCUGGUUAUGGUGGUCUUAAUAUUGUCAUAACUGAUUAUGUGUCUUAUCAAAAUUUUUUAUUUUCAAAAAUUGUUAUUCAACGUAAUUCUGUACUUGUUGAUAAUAAUAUUGAUAAUGAUGAUAAAAAGAACAACUUGUACCUUAAUGAAAAACAAAAUUAUUAUGAUAAUGAUUUAAAUUGCAUUUAAAAAUUAUUAUUUUGUUAUUUAUAAAUGUUUUUUUUGUUAUUAAUUAAAAUCACUAGAUUUCUUCCUAUUUUUAUUAUAUUUAUUUUGAUCAUUUAUUUGUUAAACAAUUGUUUAUUAUUAUGUACAAUAAAUUAUACAUUAUUUUCAUAUAUAUAUUUUAUUUUUUAAAUUGUAAAUUGAUGAAAAUUUUGGCAGUUAUAAUGUACUUUGUACGAAAUAAUUAAAUGAAUUUUAAAUGGUAAAU